CCGUGGCCUAGGAUGUUUUUUAUGUUGUUGCUUACUCCCUACCUCUCCCUCCUCCUUUCUUCUGGUUGUAGUUUUUAAAUUGAGGGUCGUGUUUUUUGAUUAAAUGAUUAUUUCCAGCUUCUAUGCUAUGUCUAGCAGAAACUUUUGAUCUGUGGGGUUAGGUUUAAGUAAAAGGAGUCGCUUGUGUUGGUUUGUAAUGGUUCCUUAAAAUGCGCGGGCCGCCUCCUCCGCGACCCUGGUAAAGCCCCAUCUUCCCUUCACACUGGAGUGUAAAUUCCGUACCCCCUUUCUCCCACGGACCGCCGUAUUUCACAGCAGCCACACCCUGUAUAUAUGUCUCUGUGGAUUGGACUCAUUAUCAGCUUAAUUUAGUGACUUAAACCACCAUGAUGGGACUUGCUUAAGCACGAAGCUUCUUUUCCUGUUUAGUCCUGGUGGUUAGUGUCGAAAGAGGAAUAAUCGAGGUUUCUUACUGAAACCUGGUGCGGUCCAAGCAUUGCCUUUUUUUCUGUUGUCUUUUUUCCUACUCCGGGCUGUUGGCGGUGUCAGCACCGCUGCUGGGGGCGGGGGGUGGAGGGGAGAAAGAGUCGGGUUACCGAAGUGCGUCAUUCCUGGCUCUAGCAGGGCCUGCUCCGGAGCUUGCUGGUGUUUGUUACUGUCCUCGCAGCACUUUCCUGCCAACCUUCUCUCUCUGCGUAUUGGUUAGGAGCAAAAGCAGGAGGCGGUCUCCUAAUUCUGUCUGGAGCCCAGUGCGUUGCGUUUAAGGGUAUAUGUGAACUUAUUAUGUUUUUUUUUUUUUUUGAUGACCCUGGAAAGUGGAUACAUUCCUGUUUAACGACAUGCAAUGCAGGAACUGUCUUUCUUAGAGGAAGCACACUGUCAUUUUAUUCACAUAAAUAUAUGAAUAUAUUUCUGAUAUUGGGGUGAUCCAGAAGAUGAUAAAGAAAUGAUAGCAGCUCCAGAAAUACCAACUGAUUUUAAUCUACUGCAGGAGUCAGAAACACACUUUUCUUCUGACACAGAUUUUGAAGACAUUGAAGGAAAAAAUCAGAAGCAAGGCAAAGGCAAAGUAUGUGUUAUUUUUGUGACUUUGUUUUUUAACAUGUAUGUGCACGCACACUUAUCGGUGGUGGAUGAUUGGAUCGAAUCCUACAAGCAUGACCGAGAUAUAGCACUUCUUGACCUUAUCAACUUUUUUAUUCAGUGUUCAGGCUGCAAAGGAGUCGUCACAGCAGAGAUGUUUAGACAUAUGCAGAACUCUGAGAUAAUUCGAAAAAUGACGGAAGAAUUUGACGAGGAUAGUGGGGAUUACCCACUUACCAUGGCUGGUCCUCAGUGGAAGAAAUUCAAGUCCAGCUUCUGUGAGUUCAUUGGUGUGUUGGUACGGCAAUGUCAAUAUAGUAUCAUAUAUGAUGAGUACAUGAUGGACACUGUCAUUUCACUUCUUACUGGAUUGUCUGACUCCCAAGUCAGAGCAUUUCGACAUACAAGCACCCUGGCAGCUAUGAAGUUGAUGACUGCUUUGGUAAAUGUGGCACUAAAUCUUAGCAUUAAUAUGGAUAACACAUUUGCCCUUGCUCCAUUUAGGGAUGCAAUAGCUGAAAUCAGAGCUAUAUGCAUUGAAGAGAUUGGCAUUUGGAUGAAGAUGUAUAGUGAUGCCUUCCUUAAUGACAGCUAUUUAAAAUAUGUUGGUUGGACUAUGCAUGAUAAGCAAGGUGAAGUGAGACUCAAAUGUCUUACUGCUUUACAAGGGCUUUAUUAUAACAAAGAGCUUAACUCCAAACUGGAACUGUUUACCAGUCGAUUCAAGGAUAGAAUUGUGUCCAUGACCCUUGACAAAGAAUAUGAUGUUGCAGUACAAGCAAUAAAGUUACUCACUCUUGUUUUACAGAGUAGUGAAGAAGUUCUAACUGCAGAAGAUUGUGAAAAUGUCUAUCAUCUGGUUUAUUCAGCUCACCGGCCAGUAGCAGUUGCAGCUGGAGAAUUUCUCUACAAAAAGCUCUUUAGCCGCAGAGAUCCAGAAGAGGAUGGAAUAAUGAAAAGAAGGGGAAGGCAAGGUCCAAAUGCGAAUCUUGUGAAGACUUUGGUUUUUUUCUUCUUGGAAAGUGAGUUACAUGAACAUGCCGCUUACCUUGUGGAUAGCAUGUGGGAUUGUGCUACUGAGCUCCUGAAAGACUGGGAAUGUAUGAAUAGCUUGUUAUUAGAAGAGCCUCUUAGUGGAGAGGAAGCUCUAACAGACAGACAAGAGAGUGCUUUGAUUGAAAUAAUGCUUUGUACUAUUAGACAAGCAGCUGAAUGUCAUCCUCCUGUGGGAAGAGGAACAGGAAAAAGGGUGCUGACAGCAAAGGAGAAGAAAACACAAUUGGAUGACAGAACAAGAAUCACCGAGCUGUUUGCUGUGGCCCUUCCGCAGUUAUUAGCAAAAUAUUCUGUAGAUGCAGAAAAGGUGACCAAUUUGUUGCAGUUACCUCAGUACUUUGAUUUGGAGAUAUACACCACUGGACGAUUAGAAAAGCAUUUGGAUGCCUUAUUGCGCCAGAUCCGAAAUAUUGUAGAGAAGCACACAGACACAGAUGUUUUGGAAGCAUGUUCUAAAACUUACCAUGCAUUAUGUAAUGAAGAGUUCACGAUCUUCAACAGAGUAGAUAUUUCAAGAAGUCAGCUGAUAGAUGAACUGGCAGAUAAAUUUAACCGGCUUCUUGAAGAUUUUCUGCAAGAGGGAGAAGAACCUGAUGAAGAUGAUGCAUAUCAGGUAUUGUCAACAUUGAAGAGGAUCACUGCUUUUCAUAACGCCCAUGAUCUUUCAAAGUGGGAUUUGUUUGCUUGCAAUUACAAACUCUUGAAAACCGGAAUUGAAAACGGAGAUAUGCCUGAGCAGAUUGUUAUUCACGCACUGCAGUGUGCUCACUAUGUAAUCCUUUGGCAGCUUGCUAAGAUCACUGAAAGCACUUCUACAAAGGAGGACUUACUGCGCUUAAAGAAGCAGAUGAGGGUAUUUUGCCAGAUAUGUCAACAUUACUUGACCAACGUGAAUACUACUGUUAAGGAACAGGCCUUCACUAUUCUGUGUGAUAUUUUGAUGAUCUUCAGUCACCAGAUUAUGUCUGGAGGGCGUGACAUGUUAGAGCCAUUAGUUUAUACUCCUGACUCUUCAUUGCAGUCUGAGUUGCUCAGCUUUAUUUUGGAUCAUGUCUUCAUUGAACAGGAUGAUGAUAGUAAUAGUGCAGAUGGUCAGCAAGAGGAUGAAGCCAGCAAAAUUGAAGCUUUGCAUAAGAGGAGAAAUUUACUUGCAGCAUUUUGUAAGCUAAUUGUAUAUACAGUGGUGGAGAUGAACACAGCUGCAGAUAUCUUCAAGCAGUAUAUGAAGUAUUAUAAUGAUUAUGGCGAUAUCAUCAAAGAAACAAUGAGCAAAACGAGGCAGAUUGACAAAAUUCAGUGUGCUAAGACCCUCAUCCUCAGUUUGCAGCAGCUUUUUAAUGAGAUGAUACAGGAGAAUGGCUAUAAUUUUGAUAGAUCAUCCUCAACAUUUAGUGGCAUAAAAGAACUUGCUCGACGUUUUGCUUUAACUUUUGGACUUGAUCAAUUGAAAACAAGAGAAGCCAUUGCCAUGCUACACAAAGAUGGCAUAGAAUUUGCUUUUAAGGAGCCUAAUCCACAAGGGGAGAGCCAUCCACCUUUAAAUUUGGCAUUUCUUGAUAUCCUCAGUGAAUUUUCUUCUAAACUGCUCCGACAAGAUAAAAGAACAGUGUAUGUUUAUUUGGAAAAGUUCAUGACCUUUCAGAUGUCACUCCGAAGAGAAGAUGUAUGGCUUCCUAAAAAAUCAAAACCAUCUACAGGAAAACGGAAAGUGGUUGAAGGCAUGCAACUAGCACUCCCUGAAGAAAGCAGUAGCAGUGACAGUAUGUGGUUGAGCAGAGAGCAAACACUGCACACCCCUGUUAUGAUGCAGACACCACAGCUCACCUCCACUAUUAUGAGAGAACCGAAAAGGUUACGGCCUGAAGAUAGCUUCAUGAGUGUCUAUCCGAUGCAGACAGAACACCAUCAAACUCCUCUGGAUUAUAACACGCAGGUAACAUGGAUGUUAGCUCAAAGACAACAAGAGGAAGCAAGGCAACAGCAGGAGAGAGCAGCAAUGAGCUAUGUUAAACUGCGAACUAAUCUUCAGCAUGCCAUUCGGCGUGGUACAAGCCUAAUGGAAGAUGAUGAAGAGCCAAUUGUUGAAGAUGUUAUGAUGUCCUCAGAAGGAAGGAUUGAGGAUCUAAAUGAGGGAAUGGACUUUGACACCAUGGAUAUAGACUUGGUAAGAAACAUCCAGAAGUAAUAUUUUUUUCUUGCCUAAAUUCUUUGAAAAUAAAGUUCAUAUUUCUUACAGAAAGAUUAAAAAAAUAAGUUCUACAAAAAUUUUUGUGGAUUUAAGUAUUCGAGAAGGGAUUUAGGCAUGUGUUGUUGAAGAUGAUAGAUCUUAGUUUGAUGCAUCUGUGUCACAUAAGGAA